UUCACAUUCAGCCGGGCAACAAGUGUGUGUUUUUAAGAGUGCGAGCGGGCUCCCCAAAAAACAGUUUAUCCCGAUUCCGACCUCAUCCUAGAUCCCAGAGUUUCUAAAGAUGGGCAUUGCCUUGAUGUUCCUGCUGGCCCUGUACCAGAUGCAGUCGGCCAUCCACAGCGAGAUCAUCGAGACGCCCUCGUACGGCGGCAAUUCGCUGCUGGAAACGGACGGGGACAACGGUCUCAGUACCCCGCAAGCACCGCUGGACAAUGACCUUAUGAAUGCGGUUCUGAGCAGCGAUCAGCCCGAGAAGGCGGAGCUGGAGUUCCGGCAUCCCAUCUCGGUGAUCGGCAUCGAUUACACCAAGAAUGCGGUGCUCCUGCGUUUCCGGAAGCCGCGCUACAAGUUCGAUCCGGAGCUGGAGGCCAAGCGACGGUCCUUGGCCGACAAUUUCAUGCACUUUGGGAAGCGGCAAGCGGAGCAGCUGCCGCCCGAGGGCACUUACGGUGCCCCCGAUGAGCACGAUGGCAUGGAGAAACGAUCGGGCAUGGAUCGAUAUGGCAGGGAUCCCAAGCAGGACUUUAUGCGCUUUGGCAGGGAUCCCAAGCAGGACUUUAUGCGUUUUGGAAGGGAUCCAAAGCAGGACUUUAUGCGCUUCGGACGCAAUCCCUCGGACUUCAUGAGGUUUGGUCGGGAUCCCAAGCAGGAUUUCAUGCGCUUUGGUCGCUCUCCUGCUGAGGAUUUCAUGAGAUUCGGGCGACCGGACAACUUCAUUCGUUUUGGACGCAAUCCCCACGAGGAGCUGCGCAGUGUGAAGCAGGACUUUAUGCGCUUCGGGCGUCCCGAUAACUUUAUGCGAUUUGGACGCUCUGCUCCGCCCCAGCUGGACUCCAACUUUAUUAGGUUUGGCAAGAGCGUGAAGUCUGCAGCUUCUGAGUCCAAGGAGACCAAGUCAGGACAGCCGGGCGAUAGUAAUUCCGUGGACAAGGCCGUGACAGAGCUGUUCAAGAAACAGGAUCAGCAGGUGAAAGGCGGCGAACAGACCUCGACCUCGACGGAUGAGGGGAGCGCAGAGCAGGAUCAGUUCUUUGGCCAGUGAAAGAACGAGUCCUUCGAGGCGGCGAAUCCUUGUAAAUAGAAGAUAAUGAUUGACAAACUACCCAAGACACAAAUCGUAACUGAUAUACGUAUACUCCCUCCUCCCCACACGAACUCCUGAUAGAUUAUGAAUUUUUAAUGGGGCUGGAUUAAAAAUUCACCACGCUUUGAUCUGAUCAUACCAAAAAACUAACUUUAUCUAUAAAUAUAUGUAUACUUAGUGUAAAAUGAAAUGCAUUGAAAAACGGUGUGAAAAAAAACUUCUUUUUGCCAAGUUUCCAAAUAAAGAUUGCUCUACGGUAA